AUGCAAAUGGAGAGGAUAAAUAUAUCACAUUUGGAAAAUCUAUUGAGAUUUCCAGGUGCAACCCAAACAACUCCAAUUCAAGAUGCAUCAAUUCUAACAUGUGGAUGUUUAGUUUCUGAAUCAAGUUUUCUUUUAAAUGAUGGGAAUGUUUGUCCAAAUUGUAAAAGUGCCGACGUUAGUUUAUUAUCCGAAAUUAAGCCCCUCAGAGAGCUUUAUAGACUUAUAGACCAAUUAAAUUCACAAGCAUCUGCAGCAUCCCAUGUUCUGAUAAGUGCUGCUUCAGCUAGACGUCGUCGAUCAUCCGGAAAACGCGGGAGUGUUAAUGAAGAAGGAGGAGAUGGCUUACAACAACAACAGCAGCAACAACAACAACUGUCAGAGUCUAUGGAUUUGCUUAGUUUGUUUUACAAAUUUGCUAAAGAGGAAGAAUAUUCUGGAGAAAUAACGGCUAGGGGCAAAUCAGUAUCAAAAGAAUCUAAAGUUCAACCAAUUGAUAUUACAGCAACCAGUACUGCAUUGGAUCGUCAACCAACGAAUUUCACAACCACUCUGUUUCAAUCUACAGUAUCGAUCUCACCGGGAGCUCAAAAGGAUAUGAUUCAUGUUGAAGCUAGAUCCAUUGAUCCUUCUUCAGUAUAUAUUCCACCUGAUUAUUUAAGUUUUGAAAAGAAUUUAUUACAAAGUAUAAGUGAACAAAAAGAAUAUAAUUUCACUAAAUGUUUCCCAUUUCAUAGAAAAUUGAGUUCAUUCCCAACUCAACAACUUAAAUUCAAUUUCCCAUUUAAACUGGGAUCAAUUAAGAAAGCUAUAAGUACUUAUAUUCAUUCAUAUCUUGAUUUCAGUACGGGAAAGGAAAUAACUCGAUUUGUAUUGAUUAAUUCUAAAAGAUGGGAAGUUUAUGAAUAUAUUGUUCCUCUUAGUGGACCGACAAAGGUGUCGGCUAAACCACAAUUGAUAUGUUGUGGGAAACUGAGUGGAGAAUUUAGUGAAUCAUUGAAUAAUUUAAAUGAACCAGUUGUUAUCCAUCCUAAAGAAAUUAUAAUUAGAAAUGAUUUUAAUUCAAAAACAGAAUAUCAAAAUCCAAAUAGCAGUCCAGAAGAGAUCAAAAAGAGAUUACAACAUUGGGAUCAAAUUUAUUGUCAUUUGACUAAAAAUUACUUAGUCAUUUCUGGGACAAGAGGUAUAAUGAGAGUAUAUAAUUUGAAUCGUUCAUCAUCUUAUAAAAUGGGUCAAUCUAUAUAUACAUAUUUAACCAAUUUCCCAAUCAGAUGUAUUUCAGUUUCACCAAAUGAAGCAUUGAUUGCUUGUGGUAUAACUGCCAAGGAAAGAGUUACAGCAAAGGAACAACCAUUUGUGAUAUUACAUAGAAUAAUUCUGACUGGAGUUAAUUCAUAUCUUGACGCAGUCAAUCCUAUGACAAUUACAAUUCCAUAUCGAGACCCAAUUAAAAUAUUGAAUUUCAAUGCUUCUUCAUCUCAUUUAAUUUGUGGAACCCUGUGGGAAUCAAGAUAUUUGGUGAUUAAAUUAAAGAGUAAUAAUGAUAAAGAAGACAAUUAUAGAAAACCAAGAUUAAUUUGGUCUGAUUUUGUUUAUAAAACCGCUAGGAGAACAAGAAAUGAUGAUGAGAAUGGGGAAAUUGUUGGUGAUGAUAAGACUGAAGCUGAUAGUGAUUUAAUGAUGUCUACUGAAGGUAUGACAGAUGUUAAAUUUGGAAAUAUGUUUUCAAAUACAAUUGUAAUUACAUCAUGUUCAUUAAAAAGUAGACCUCCUAUAAUUAUUAGAUUGGAUGGAGCUAUGAUUGAUUCCAAAAGAGCGGUUGCUAAUAUUGAUAAUUAUAGUUUUCAAAAUAGUGUUAAUAGUUUGGAAGAAGAAGAAUAUUCUUCAAUAAUUUCAGCAGAGACAAUUAUGAGAAUUCCUGAAGUAGGUUCAUUAGUUCAUAAAGCAACUAUUUCCCCCACUGGUGAUGGAAUUGUAUUUUUAGCUAAAGAUGGUAGUCUAUAUCUUCUUUCAGGAUCAAAUUUCAAGACCAAAUUAUCAACUACUUCAACAGCCAAGAAGAUUGUUGUCUUAUUAGGAGAAGUUGCUAAUGCUGAAAGAUUUAGUGAAGCCGCAUCAGUAUUAUUUUCACCUGACGGUGGGAAAGUUUUCACUGUUGAUAGAAAGGGAGUAUUUUCAAUAUUUGAUUUUACAAAAGGUGUUCCAGGAGAAGAUCCUGAAGUUAUUAAAUGUAAGAUUAUUAGUAUAUAA